GUAAAGAAGUAGACAUUCACGGAUACCCUCCUUUAAAUCACUGGAUUGAAUCAAUACUUGUUAAGGCUAGGUUUAAACCGUACGUAUCAACCAGAACACGGAAGUAUUUAUUAAGUGGAAAUAUUAUAGUAACUGCGCAUAAUACUUAAGUUCAUGCACGCAUGAGAAUCACCAAUAUGACUUUAAAUGAUUGUGUCAUUUCUAUUUAGUAUUCGAUGAUUCAUGAUUCAGUGUAAUAGUGUAUUUUGAAGUGAAAUCUAGGUGAGUUUAUUUGUAUAUAAUAACAUUUGGUAGACGGGUGAAGGUUAUUUCCAAUUUCAAUCUAGCGACCGACUAUACAAGUUAACAGGGACGCAUUGAAGAUCAUUUAGAGACAGUGAAUCGAAUUUGUUUUGUUGUUCUGAACAAUCUUAGACGACUGGACUUUGAAAAUGGAUGUGCAGAAUCCUGAACAGGAAAUUGAACUGCCGUAUGACUAUCGUAUGUUGCCUCUCCGCGCACUUCGUAUGACGGCCCGUAAGAAGCUUGCGGGAUUUUUAGACCUCGAAGGGACGGUUGUUUUGAUAAACGAAGGAGCUAUGGACGAAGCGGAUGUGGUUAACGAUUACAAUGGACUUGCCGAGUUGGCCGGACUAACGUACAACACCAUUCGAAACCUCCAGAGAAACGAUAGCCCGACAACGAAGUUUCUUGAAACUUGGAAUGACCAGAACGCUACUGUCGGCAAUUUAUGGAACUUUCUUAUAAUUCUUGAACGAUUCGACGUCCUCACAGAUUGCCGCAGAAGUAUAAUGAACGAUUGCCGUAUAUAUGCUGAGCACUUAGAAUUAGAGAGAUCGGCAGCCGACUAUGAUAUCCAAGAAAGGCUGCAAGACUCGACAGUUACAAACUCCGAGAUGAAAGUUGACGAAACCAAAUAUGCCGCCACAGAUGACGUGCUGAAUCAAAAGAAAACCUACUUUGACGCUUUCAUCUGCUACACGGAUGAGAGUCCAGAGGACCGAGCAUUUGUGCGAACAAUUAUAAAGAAGUUGGAGCAAGAAAGAGGGCUUAAACUGUUUGUACCUGGGCGAAAUGACUUGCCUGGAGCUUCACAGCAUACAGUUACUGCCUACCUGAUCGAAGAGAGAUGUAGGCGUGUCGUCAUUCUUAUGUCGAAGCAGUUUCUAAGAAGUGCGGUCUGUGAUUUCCAAGUGAGGUUUGCACAUGCUCUUGCACCUGGGGCCAGAAGUAGAAAACUUAUACCCCUUAUCCGGGAAAGGGGAACGGUUAUACCACGGAUUCUACGUUUCCUGGCAGUAUGUGACUUCACAAAGCAAGACAUGCUUGAUUGGGUAUGGGACCGUUUGUAUGCAGCAAUUAUCGCUCCAAUCGGCAAACAAACGUAUUUUGAGCCAGAUGAUGAAGAGAAUCCAUUCAGGGAAGAAAGCCUCAAAGAAAUCACCUUUCCAACCUUUUCACCUCUGGAUGGGCCUGCAAAUUCAGGUAACACGGAUCGAAAACAGUCCUAUCUGUCUGAACAUAGUACGCCGUCCAUGAAGGCCAAGAGCGCAGCCAGCACUCCCGUCAUGCAACCACAUGCUCUAAAUAAUCUCGAUAUUGGGGAAAGUUACAGCGUGAGCCCAUCGUUCCGUCAAAACAAUUUCAACUCCGCUCAAACUGCAAUCAUAAGCAAAACAGACAAUACAAACGCUCACAAUGUCACCCAAAAUUCAUAUCCUUCGAACAGCUCAAAUGCUUCAGCCAAGAACAAAAAACAUAAGAAGGUGCACCCUGUUUCUCCUUUACCACGAACCUCAAGAGAACCCAUAGAGCAUCCUCAUCAUUCAGGAGCGAAAAGCGACAGUCACGUGAUUUCUUCAACCAAUCCCACUGCUUCUUUUGGUACACGUCAGCGCAGUAAUUAUAGGCGAGAAGUCGAUGAAACGUCCUACCAAUCAUCCCGAAAUAACAGCCAAACAAUCUCUUCCACAGAUGGUUACUUUGAGAUACAAUUGUAACUAUGAAGAAUAAUUACCAAACGUAUACAGUUUGAAUGGCUUUUGUGAUCAUAAAAUAGAGUGAACAGCACGAAGCAUUCAUUAGGUCGUAUAUCUUCUAGAGAUGCACUGUUAAGAUAUACGUCCAUAAUGUCCUUGCCAGAACUCAUACAAAAUUUAAGUGAAUUUUUUGACAGAAUCGUUUGUUGUGGUUUAGUUCUGGACAUGUUAAGGACUAUUUAUAGUUAUUUAAGUGCUUGCAGGAGCCACAGUAAUUAUCAUAAGCUUCAUAGUGUUUAAUGUUCAUGAGACCAAACUUGAUUUUACUAGAUGUGAAUAAAAUAUCCUUGUGGAAGUA